GGCGGCGACCGCCGGGACGACCGCAGAGACGACCGCGAUGACCGGCGGGACGACCGCAGGGAGGACGACCGCAGGGACGAGCGGAGGGACGACCGUCGCGACGACCGGCGGGACGAUCGCCGGGACGAGCGGAGGCCAGACUCUUCGCCGCCGCGCCGGCCCUCGCCGCCGCGCCGGCGCGGCGACAGCCGGGCACCCAGCAGGGGCGGCGACCGCCGGCGGGGCGCCUCGGCCUCGGCGCCCGCGGAGAGGAGCGCGGCCGCGCCCAGCGGUGACGACGUCCCCCGCAGCAGGAAGGACGCACCGAUCAUCCCAGGCGCCGUGAAGAUCGGGGACCCUGGCGAGCAUCCGCCGCCCACCUGGGAGGUCGAGGAGCUCGGCAAGCGGGCCGGCGGAGACGCGACCUUCCAGGCCGUGCUCAGCAUCAGGGGGCAGAACGACCGGAUCAGGCAAAUUCGAGCCCCUCCGCGCACUAGCAAGGAGGACGCGGACAGGGACGGCGAGGACAUGGCAAAGGCGUUUUCCGACAACGGCUUGCAGGGCGUGCGCGAUUGGCAGUCGCAGAGGCGAAGGGGUGGCAACUCCUGA